AUGGGAAUUGAAUCAUCAACGACUCUGCAUAACUUAACUACACAAGAUUUGAUAUUCAAUCCUAAAAUACAAUAAUUGGACUGGUAAUCAUUCGAAAAUGUUCGACUCUAAGAAAUCCAAAAGCCUGCUCCAUACGAUUAUGGGAAAGAUCUAACCAAGGAUGCCUUGGCUGUUAUUUAUCCAUAUUAGGCUAGAUAAAUCAUAAAUGCAAUUUAAACCUGCUUAUAGAAGUUUAAUACUAACCAGAUUUUAAAUUGA